ACGGACGCUAUGGUUUGGCCAACAGUCUCAUGGUGAAAUAAGGUACGGAUACAGAAGUUUCUGCUGCGUUAUGCCGAUUGCCUGCACUACACACUAUUCCUGUACACAUAGGAUCCCAUGCGCAAAUCUCGGCAAAUUCCAACGAAGACCGGCCCACUUCGGCCGGUACCACAAAGUAAAAGGUGGUCCGUUCAACGGCCCGCACACACCCAUGCCUACGGCCUUUCGGAGCUCGAUUGGCCCAGACGGGGCCGCCGUUCCGAUGGUCGGCGUCCGAGUCAGAAGGCAGACCGCCUUCUCACGUAUCCAAGACAAUCUCGCGUGUCUUUCGAGAGCCACUCACACCUUCUGAAAUGGCUGGUGUGCCGCAACCCUGGGCUUGUGGAAGUGGCAUUAUCAAAGCGUUUGUGCCUUUUCGCCAGUCCUUGGCCGGAAAGCAAAAAACUUGCGGCGAGAUACUCGUCUCGACCUCGCGAUACUGUUCUCGUCGACAAAGGCGACCUACAUCUAUCUACAUGCCCCCCUGCCCUCCUGCCCUCCUGCCCCCCCCUUCGGUCGAGACUCGCAUCGUCUUCGGCUGAAGUACAAAUUACCCGCGAGCUUCGAAUGUCCCACUCGGCAGACAGUCUUCGCAUCCAUUUUCAUUCGGGGCCGAGCCGUGGCCCUUCUUUAAUUGGUGGAUCUUCCCGCUUUCCGCACUCCCUUGCCCGACCUUCUCUCCGAGCUCCCCGGUAUCCACUCCGCGCACCGGGCGCUCGAAAACGGACACUCACACCCGGCACUUACGGUGUCGUCUGUCGUACCGGUCCAACGGCGGCCCGCAGACAGACAGCCACGCCGAAGAGAAAUCGAUUCAGAGGGGGAGGAAGGGGGGCCAUAUCGGGGGCGCUUACAUUGCCUCGGACAACCGCAACCCCGUGACAUGGUCGUUGGAUCACUCUGCGUCGCGUCGUAUCGGUACUGCCGUCUCAUAAGCAUCAAUUCCCGAUGACUGAAAAGCCUGACGGUAUACUGUUGGUGAUUUUCCGGUCGCCGUCCUCACGAGUAGCGCGGUCGAAACCUACACCGUCGUCUCUCGGAACUACGUAUGGAUGUCUUGCAGUCAGUCAACCGUCGGCUGAAGCUGUGGGGACCGCCAUAUGUGGCCCUUGUUUUACUUCGAUACGGACUACUUGACCACCCCCCCCCCCCCCCCCCCCUUCUACCGUCCGCAAUGC